CUUAAAUUGCCUAAGAAAUUACCUGAUUACAUGGUCAUAAGAAGUUUUAAGUAUUAUUCUUCUGAAGCGUUUAAAAAUGAUCUAGAACAGCUGAUUUGGCAAGAAAAUCCAAUUGACCAGGGCGUUAACCAGCGACUGGACAAUUUUAAUCAGAAAUUUCUAAGUGUAUUAGAUAUGCAUGCCCCGAUAAAGACUGUUAAGAUUAAACGUCGCUUGUGCCCUUUUGUUGACCAGGAAAUUGUCCAACUUAUGAAAAAAAGAAAUGCGCUGCAUAAACUUGCCCGCCAAACCCUGCAGGCCUUGGACUGGGACAGAUAUCGUUCAUGUAGAAAUCAAAUUAAAAGAAAAUUGAGAGAAUCCGAGAGAAAAUUUGUGUAUAAAAGAAUUAAUGACAAAAAUAGCAACAACAACUCCCUUUGGAAAACUGUAAGAGAAUGUAUUCCUAGAAAUGAAAAGACACGUUUAACUUAUUCUGGGAAUGUCGUUGAAGUAGCGAACAAAUUUAAUGAAUACUUUUCUUCAGUCGGAGCAAAAGCGGCAGAAGAAUCCAAAGCGUUGAUUACUUCAUAUGGUCUUACAUCGACUCAUCCAGAGAUACCACAUAAAUUUAGUGCAGAAAUUGACAAGUUUCAUUUUCACCCUGUGUCCUGUGACGUGAUUCGUAAAAUUGUGUGUUUUUUUCCAUCCAAUAAGUCCCCUGGACCAGAUAAAGUUUCUGUGAAAGUGAUCAAAGAUGCCUUACCAUACAUUCUUCAACCUCUUACGGAUAUUGUUAACUGCUCUUUAAGAGAAUCUUUGUUUCUCAGCGCCUGGAAGUUGUCAGAAGUUAUUCCCCUAUUAAAAGAAGGGGAUCACGAAAUUGCUAAAAAUAAUCGGCCAAUUUCCUUGCUACUUGCUGCAUCAAAGAUCUGCGAGCGUGUAGUUUUGGAACAAUUUACCGCAUAUGUGGAACAGAAGAAAUGCUUAAACGUACACCAAAGUGGAAACAGGAAGCUGCACUCCACUGAAACAUUGAAUUUAUUUAUAUCGGAUAAGAUCUUAAAGUCUAUGGACGACAAGGAGGUCGUAGCUGUAAUUCUACUAGACCUUUCUAAAGCAUUUGACAGUAUCGAUCAUGUAUUGCUUCUAAAAAAGCUCCAAGUAUUGGGAGUGUCCGAUGACGCUUUAUGUUGGUUUAAGAGUUACUUGACAGGACGACAGCAGGUUGUGCGCAUUGGAUCGACUGUCUCUGAAACACGCACACUCAAUCAUGGCGUUCCGCAGGGCUAA